AUGAACACUGUGUCAAGGAAAAUCGCCCUCCUGGCCGCCGCGCUGGUUCUGAUCGCGAUUGUCGGGUACAUGGCGGCGGACAUGGCGGACGUGGGCUUGUGCAUCAGGAACCGUGCCCAGUGCAAGAAGAUGUUGGGUGCCUACUUCGAAGGACCUCUGUGCGUGGACUCUUGUGUCAAGUUCAAGGGCAAGAUGAUACCGGACUGCGAGAACAUCGAUUUCGUGGCACCGUUCCUCAACAAACUCGAGUGA